CACCACUGGAGCGAGGGGUACCUUGAUCGCCGUAACCUCCUUGGCUGCAGCAUCCUGUCGGGUCUGCGCGUCCUCGCCCUUGGCCAUCUUGCAAUCCGUAUCCAUUUUGGCUCAAGGCAGUACUCGCAGUAAGUUUGUUGGCGCCAGCGGCAGCGCGAUCCUUCCAGGUCUUAUUGCGCAACCUAAUUCUCAUCGCGUGUCGCUGACGAGCCAUGGGAAGUGUCCUCGGCAAGUGUUGCAAGUUCCUUGGGUCGGCCACGGAGUCGACGCAGCAGGGGCCCACGGCAGACCCAACCGGUCCCGCAGCAGACGCUGCUGCAAUUGUGGCUGAUCACGCAGGGAUUCCCGACCCGUCCGAGAUCACAUGGGCGGUGGCCACGAAGAUGAAGGAGUGCCUGCAGGAUUACCCCAACAUCAUCCAGUUUGACAGCUCCAGGCUGCAAGCGUCUGUCAAUGUGGUUGCAGAUGUUCUCCAGGGAGCGAACCUACGCAUCAGCCUCGCGGCCCCGAUCGAGCUGGUCUGCCGGGCCGUGGCGAACACCGCCAUCAAGGUGACUGACGGCACGGACGUCGGAGAGGUUCUGAGCAAAGUUAUGCAGAGCCAGCAGAACAUUAUCCAGAGAGACAUCGAGGCCUUGCGCGAGAUGCAUCUGAAGAAUGCCAUGGACGAGAUCGAGGUGCUGGCCGCAAUGAGCAAGACGUUGAUGGAGCUCAAGGCGGAAGGGUCCUCAAACUUUGAGAAUGAGCUCACGUUCUACGUUCAGAGAGCGCUCUCGGCAGAAGGGCACGCGAGGGACGCGUUCAACGUUGCAGAGGGUAAGCUGGACGAGAAGGUCCGCGCAACGACGCUGAUGGCGUCGGCGAUGAUGGCUCAGACCUUGGACCCGAAGCGGGAGCGUCGAGUCAUCGCCGACCAGCUGGCCCAUGCCCUGAAGAAGCUCUUCAACGACGAGGACAUGCAGGUGCUGAUCGGCCAGGAGUGCGGGUCACGGAACAAGGUGCUGUGCUUCAGGGAGAGGCGGCAGCGUCGCCUCCGGGAAGCUUUCCAAUGCCUGGUCCACGUCGAGGGAUGGAUCGCGCAGCACGCUCCGGGGCGGCAAACUGUCCUGAGCAGCUUGGACAAGCCCUUUGACAUGAAUCGCAUCGUCCAGCAUGGCAUCCUCGACCCGCAGGGCAGCACAGUGGGCGCACUCGCUCGCCUGGCCGGCGGGGAGGAGUACAGCGACAUGGAGCUCGGCAUAUUGCAGAGCUACUGCGGGCAAAGGCCGAAGAUGCAGGCGGCGACAGCUCUCUCGGGCUCCAGAGACAAUACCCUGAAGCUGUGGGAGCUCUCCACGGGGAGGUGCCUCCGGACCCUCGAGGGCCACACGUACGAGGUGAUGUGCGUCACCGCGCAAGGCAAGGACGGGGCCCUCUCGGGCUCCAUCGACAAGACCCUGAAGCUGUGGGAGCUCUCCACGGGCAGGUGCCUCCGGACCGGCCACACGGGCUGGAUGAUGUGCGUCACGGCGCUGGGCGAGGACGGCGCCCUCGCGGGCUCCGAGGACAAUGCCCUGAAGCUGUGGGAGCCCUCCACGAGGAGGUGCCUCCGGACCCUCACGGGCCACACGGACUGGGUGUGGUGCGUCACCGCGCUAGGCAAGGACGGGGCCCUCUCGGGCUCCAGCGACAAGACCCUGAAGCUGUGGGAGCUCUCCACGGGCAGGUGCCUCCGGACCCUCGAGGGCCACACGGACCGGGUGCCUUGCGUCACCGCGCUGGGCGAGGACGGCGCCCUCUCGGGCUCCGACGACCGCACCCUGAAGCUGUGGGAGCUCUCCACAGGCAGGUGCCUCCGGACCCUCACGGGCCACGCGGGCGCGGUGCUGUGCGUCACCGCGCUGGGCGAGGACGGCGCCCUCUCGGGCUCCGACGACCGCACCCUGAAGCUGUGGGAGCUCUCCACAGGCAGGUGCCUCCGGACCCUCACGGGCCACGCGGGCGCGGUGCUGUGCGUCACCGCGCUGGGCGAGGACGGCGCCCUCUCGGGCUCCGACGACCGCACCCUGAAGCUGUGGGAGCUCUCCACAGGCAGGUGCCUCCGGACCCUCACGGGCCACGCGGGCGCGGUGCUGUGCGUCACCGCGCUGGGCGAGGACGGGGCCCUCUCGGGCUCCGACGACCGCACCCUGAAGCUGUGGGAGCUCUCCACAGGCAGGUGCCUCCGGACCCUCACGGGCCACGCGGGCGCGGUGAUGCGCGUCACCGCGCAGGGCCGGGCCCUGGCACGCGACGCGCAGGGACGGAUCCUUGAUCCGCCGCCGCUUUUUCGUGAGCUCCGCCGUCGCGCCCUGGCGGUGCUCGGGCGAGCCCGCGGCGCAACGAUCUCAAGCCUCAUAUAAGUCUUCAUUGAAAUCUUCAUUUCCCCUCCCCCUCCUCCUCCUCCUCCCCCUCCUCUCCCGCCAGAUGAGGCUGCCAUAGUAGAUCGAGGAUUUAGUAACAGUUCCGUGCAAUCCCUCCAUCCGCCCCCGCCCCUGCCUCUCGGGGCCUUCCUCAUAGGACAGGGAGGCAUCGGCCGAGAACGGCUCCGGGUGAUGAAAUGUUGCGUUCUUUCCCCCCUGACCACCUCGGCCAGGGUGCUUCUGGCUGCAACCCUCUAGCCGGACUCCCACGUCGAGGACUCUUGGGAGGGAACAUUUUGAGUGAAUUGAUGUAUUGCAUUGUGGUUGCGUUGCCGUGACGUCGGCAAUUUCAUCCUGGGCAGUACGUAAUGUUGCACGGCGCGUGAGGCAUAGUGUAGCGCGGUAUUGCGCAUACAGGAA